CAAAUCAGAUACACCAUUUAAAAAUUUUCAAAGGUAUUUUUGCUUAUUUUAAGAUAAUAUCAGUCAAUUUUUUUGAGAUAAGUGAUAAAUUUGGUCUUCACAAAUGGGUUUUAUCUUUUUAUUUUGAUAACAGCAUGACUGUCAAGAAAGGAGAAAAGAUGAUCAACUUUCUUUUCAUUUAAAAAACAAUAUUUAAUUCAUCCCUUAUAAUUUUUAAACAAAGUUCCAAACAAUACUCUUUGUGUAGUCACAGAUUCAUAUAUCAUGGACCAAAAGAGAAAAUAGAUAUGUGGGAGUCAGUGCCUUCAUAAAUAAAUAAGUGUUGUUCAGGUUUAAUAGAUGGUAAAUUAGGCUGCAGUUCAGAAACUUCUCUCUGAUUAGAAUAUUGGUGGGGAUGAAGAUGAGUACUUUGUCAGAUAUUCUCUUCACAAUGAAAACAAGGACUUUACAGUAAGAAUGAUCAAUGACUAGUUGGCAGUGGAUGAGGACAAGGAAUUCUGUUGUUCUCUCUUGCAAACUGUUCUGUUCAAAUUGUAUUUUCAUAGUCUUUUUAAGUUACUCAUUUAUUCAUAAUCUGUCAUUUUCAUGUACAAUAUAUCUGUUAUGAACAUCUAAUUCAAUUUCAAUGUUUUAGAUGGCUGCUAUAUUUCCUGUUCUGGAAGUUUACAGCUGUGUGGCUACAAAAUGGACUAGACAUAUGGGUUUCUGUAUAACUUAUAGUGCACUUCUACUUAAAACUUGGAGAGUCUCACUCACUUAUCGAGUAAAAUCAGCUCACAAGUUAAAGCUAACAGAUAAGCAACUUCUGCAAUGGUUAUUUCCCAUCUUAUUAGUGAUGGCUAUUUAUUUAGGUACAUGGACAAUCUCAUCUCCACCUGAAGGAAUAUAUAUAUCAGAUUGGGAUCAUUUAAAAUUUCGACAAUGUGAUUUUAAUUGGUGGGAUCAUAGCAUAGCCAUAGGUGAAUUUUUAUUUCUGUUGUGGGGUAUACGUGUGUGUUACAAUGUCCGCCAUGCUGAGUCUUUCUUCAAUGAAGCCAAACACAUCAGUUGGGCCAUCUACAACAUCACAAUUGCCAAUAUUAUCAUGGUGAUGAUUCACAUUGUCAUUUUGCCAACAGCUGGUCCAGACAUCAAAUAUUUAUUUGGAUUUAUUCGCACUCAGCUUAGCACUACAGUCACAGUUAUUCUUAUUUUUGGACCAAAGUUCUAUCGAGUAAUUAGAGGGGAAGGUGAUACUUGGGAUAAUAGAGCCAGAGCAAGAGGAGUAACAGCUUCCUUUUCAUUAAAUGGAGUUGGUCUAGUUCACGAGGAAACAACUGAUCUUUAUCAAGAAAAUGAAGAAUUAAAGGAAGAGAUACAAAAAUUAGCAGCACAGAUAGAGUUCAUGAAGAUUGUUCAUAUGGAAAUAAAUAACCGUCAUCUUAAACCAAAACAUGGGAACUUUUUUAGUCAGACUAGUACAACACAAAGUCCCAUUAUUAAGUCUAUGUACAUGAAAUUUGAUAGUACAGAUUCUCCAGGAUGUCAUAUAUCCCCAGCUGCAGAACUAGUAAGUGAAAGGGUCUAGUUAUAAAAAAAAAAAACUGCUUUAUACAACCGAGCUUCAAAUUUUGCUGACAGGCAAUCAACGAUUAUUUGUAUUAUGAUUGCCAGAAAACUGAUUUAUUUUGAUGUGUGAAAAUAUAGGUAGAAUUCCAAAGUUCACUUUUUUUCAAGUCUACAAAAUCUUCGUGCUUCCAAUGACAUCCUUUGCUCCUCAUUUUGCCUGUGUGAAUUGAUUAACGUAUUUACCAUUUACUUGUCCCAGUUCAUAAAAGCAAAAAAUCAAAUAAUGGGACCAUAACAAUGUUGUAUUAAUGUAUAUCAGUAUGCAUAGAAUGUAUUAUAAAUAAUUUAUUGGGAAAAUGUCUGUCAGUUAUUAUUAUAUUUGUGAUUAAUUUUUAGUGAUUAAUUUGUGAAUCAUUUUCUACAUAAAUCCAAAAUUCUUGGAGGUGUAACACAGAGUACCUUGAACUACAGCAUGCCAUGGUCCAUAUGCAAACUUUUCAGCUAAGCAAUCUGACAAGAAUUUUUUCAAAUAUUCUGAGAUCUUAAAAUCAUUGAGUGGGAAAAAUAUAAGAAGUGUAUGGAAAUGCAUUCUAUUUCAGAAGCUUUUGUAUAUAAAUUGUAUAGGAGUUACAUCACAUCGAGUUUUCUGUUUUAGAUUAUUAUUAAUACUAUUAAAAAAAUUGAAUUUAUUUCAUCAUCAUCAUAAGAAUCAUGAUGUGUAGAUGUACAUAAAUUCAAAUAUAUUUAUAAAAGUCAGCAUAAAUUACUGCAGUUCCAUCUGUCAUAUCUGAAUUGUUGUUUUAUAAAUAUAUUGCCAGAAGUUGAAAGUUGAAUCUUCAUAAUUUUGAUGCUGUUGAAAUCUUUUGUUAAAAUAUAAAAUAAAAUAAGAGAAUAAAACUUUCAUUUAAUUUAUGUUAUUUUACUUAUUUAUGAUGAGUUAAAAAUUAUUUUUAUGUAAAAUAGUAAAAACUAAU